AUGGCCGCCGCCGCCUCCAUCUCUCUAUCCCUCCACCUUCGUUUCCGCCCGCCCCUCCCUCCUCCACGCACCCCCCCGCGCCACGCCCCCUUCUCCUUGCUCUCCCCUUCCCUUCCUGCCCCCUGCCGCCUCCGCGUCGCUCCCGGCCGCCCCUCACCGUCCCCCUGGCGCCCCGACGUGCGGGCGCGCGCUGGAGGCACCAUCGGGGCGCCGCCUGCGCUUGCGCGCCCGGGCGGCGCCGUGGAGACGGACCGCCUCCCCUCCGACGUGCGGGACCGCGCCAUGGAGGCGGUCGACCACUUCGGCGGUCGCGUCACCAUAGGCGACGUCGCCUCUCGCGCUGGGCUGCAGCUCGCGCAGGCAGAGCGCGCGCUCCAAGCACUCGCCGCCGACACUGAAGGCUUCCUGGAGGUAUCGGAGGACGGGGAGGUGCUAUACGUCUUCCCAAAGGACUACAGGGCAAAGCUGGCUGGCAAAUCGUUUAGGAUGCGGGUCGAGCCUCUGGUUGACAAAGCCAAGCAAGUGGGUGCUUAUCUGGUACGUGUUUCAUUUGGCACUGCGCUCAUUGCCUCAAUUGUGCUGGUGUACACUACAAUCAUUGCCAUUCUCUCAAGCUCAAGUGAUGAAGAUAGUCGUGGUAGGCGGCGGAGAUCUUAUGGUUCUACUGUCAUCAUUCCAACAGAUAUGUUUUGGUACUUGGAUGCAGAUUAUUACAGAAGGCGUCGAGUAGAAAACGAAAAUGGGAUGAACUUUAUUGAAUCUGUAUUUUCGUUUGUGUUUGGGGAUGGUGAUCCAAACGACGGGCUUGAAGAGAAGCGGUGGAAGAUGAUUGGGCAGUACAUUUCAUCAAAUGGUGGAGUUGUCACAGCUGAAGAACUAGCACCGUUUCUUGAUGUGCCACCUCCAUCAGAAGAGUCCAAGGACGAUGAAUCAUUUGUUCUUCCAGUUCUUUUACGUUUCCAGGGACAUCCAGAAAUUGAUGAGCAGGGCAAUAUCCUGUAUCGAUUCCCAUCGCUGCAACGUACUGCUUCAUCAAAAAGUGGUAGGAGCAGGGAAUAUGUGGGUACCAAAUGGUCUGCAAUGUUUAGCGGAAUUGAAAAGUACUUAGAGGAGAAACCAUGGAAAUUCAGUAAAGCGAAUGCAUCAGAGAAGGCAAUGGUUGCUGGUUUGGGAGGACUCAAUCUCUUUGGUGUCAUCAUUCUUGGAAACUUGUUGAAGCAAAUGACAGUGACACCUGGUGGACUAAUCUCAUUUGUGGCACAGUUAUAUCCUUUGCUUCAGAUAUACGCUGGCUCCUUUUUUGCAAUACCUUUAUUUAGAUGGUUUCUGCUACGCAAGACCAACAAUGACAUUAGAAAGAGGAAUAAGGCAAGAGAACAACGAGCUCAGGAACUCGUGUCACCAGAUUCUUCUCUAAGAAGAAAGUUGCUCAGUGCACGCGAUAUGGCUGAACGGAAAGUAAUUACGCCGGAGGAGAUUGUCUAUACUACUGAAAAGGAUCUAUUGGAGCAGGAUUAUGAAGUCAAGGAGUGGGAGAGGAGAUUUAAGGAGCUUGAAUCAGAGUGA